CCAUGCACUUUAUUUUUUCUCGAUGGAUUAUCUGCAGUAUACAAUUAAUACUUAUAAUCUAUAGAAUUCGACAAAUCUCAGCUGCGGAGGGUAAAACCAAAAUCUUUACGAUUAAUCCGGAUGAAAAGGAUGCUAAAUUACAAGGAUUCACCUAUCGUUCGUUUGAUCAUAUAUCACCAAGAGCAUGCUUCAAAGAAUGUAUAAGCCGACAACGUUGCUUUUCUUUCAACUAUAACAAGGUUCAUUUUACAUGUGAGAUUAAUCUGAAACCAGAUUCUGUUUCUUUAGUGUACUUCCCAAAUGUUAUUGGUUAUAUCUACGUUGUGAUUCAACAUUACAGAGGGAAUCCCUUGUUUGACCCCUGUAUAGAAAAUCCAUGCAUCACAGAUGAAGUGUGUAAAAGCCUAAAAAAUAACAAAACUGUGUGUGUAAAAGAUGGUUUUAAUAUACCGCACAAAACACCUUCAAAUGUGGCGCUUAGAAAAUACACUCAACAAAUAUCAACAGCAGGGUCCGACUUGGCUGCAUCCAAAGCAGUUGAUGGCUUAACAAAUACGUGGUCACGUACGAACUUAGAACUAUUACCGUAUUUGUGGGUUGAUCUUGGAACCAUUUAUAACAUCAUUCGGAUUGAAAUUAUAAAUCGAAAUGAUUAUGGCUACAGGUUGCAUGAUCUUGAUAUAACCGUUGGACUUCACCUUGAUCACAUGUCGAUGUGCGCGCAUUACAUAGGCCCAGGUACUAAUGGAGAACAUCUUAUAUUUCAGUGCAAAGGGUGGUAUAUAGAAAGUCGUUUUGUCAAAAUGACAAUCAUCAAAGGGUCAGAAUAUUUACAGUUUGGAGAGAUCAAAGUUUUCGGAUAUGAAAUAAUAAGAUAGUUUACAGUACAUAUAAAGUGUUAUAUUUACAGAUAGCAGAGAUUAC